AUGAAUAAAUUAUUAUUACUUGCUAUUUUCUUAGGCUUAGCUGGAUUUUGCACUGCUACUAUAACUUGUGGUACCAACGCAAUUUCUCCAGACGGUACCAACUGUUAUUGCUAACAUGGAUUUUAUGGUACUGAUGCUUCAUAAGGUUAAACAUGCUAAUUAUGCCCUAAUAACACUACAACUACUUCUGGUACAACUAACACCGGUCCUAGUAUUAAUGUAGGAGCUUGCAAUUAAUGCAUUAGUGGUUUCUAUGUUACUGCUGUUGCUAAUGCUGCUAGUCCCGGAACUGCUGUUUAAUGUUAAUAGUGUCCUGCUAACUCUAACACUUCUUCAGCUAUGACAGCUCUUGGCUUUUGUACUUGUUAUGAUCCUAAUGCUGCCCCCUUAAGCUCAUCAGUUAUUACUUGCACUUGCAAAAGUGGAUAUAAGGGUACUCCCACUACAACUGCAGGAAGUCCUUCAACAUGUGUUGCAAACUCUGUUAUUCUUAGCAUUUUUGCAGCUUUAUUAUCUUUAGUUUUCCUUUUUUGA